AUGCUUGGAUUGUUCCGAUCAUGACAAUUCGAUGUCCUCCCUCUUGCCGGCCGCGGAUGCACUAACCCAGCAUCUUACUUCACCACGUCCACGGUCCCUUGCUUGAGUUGCGUGUCCCAGCGCAAUGCCCUUGCUAGCCUACGCAGUCGUCUCUGUGACUUUGGCUCUAAGCGUUCGUGCGGGAAAUUGGACCGCGACUCCCUUCAGCCCAGCUUCCGUCCCGCUUGCCGUGCGCUCCCCAUACCUCUCGGUAUGGCUACCCCAAGGCGCCGGUAACGCUCUCAAUGAUGUAUGGCCAGAAUUCUGGACCGGGCAGGAUGUCUCCGGGUGGUCAGGAUUUGCGAAGGUUGAUGGUACAGCGUACGUCUGGAUGGGUGCACCCGGAGUGCCCAAUACAACCUUUACCAAGGCUACUCAGAAGAGUCUUCAAUGGACUUCAACACAAAGCAGCUUCGUCAUGACGGCCGGCCCGGUCGAUCUGAACAUCACUUUCUUUAGUCCCGUGGAGCCCAGUGAUCUCGUGAACCAAUCCCUUCCUUUAUCAUACUACUCUAUCUCUGCAGCGUCAAACGAUCAGAAUUCGCACAAAGUCCAGGUGUACGUUGAUAUUUCCGGGGAAUGGGUGACUGGGACUCGCCUCAGCGCUCCCACCAUCAAUUGGACGACAACCGCUGGGGAUGUGAUAACGCACCAGGUUCAGCUCACGAAUCAGGUUGAGUACAGCGAGCUUGGCGACCAUAUUCAGCAGGGUGCUGCAUACCACUCGACUCUAAGCGUACCGGGAACGACAUACCAGACUGGACAAGACAUCGUUGUCCGCGCAGAGUUCAUCAACAAUGGCGUACUCAACAAUACACAGGACACUCAGUUCCGUGCCGUGAACGACAACUGGCCUGUAUUUGCGUUUGCGCACGACUUCGGAACCGUCACGGCUGCGACAACCCCUGUCGUCUACUCGGUCGGACACGCACGUGACCCCGCGAUCCAGUAUGUCACCGUCAACAAUGGACGAAUGGCCCUGAGCUCCUACUUCUGGACCCGAUACUCUACGAUGGCAGAUGCCAUUGCAGCCUUUCUGAAGGAUUACAAUAACGCUGUGGCUAGAGCGGACGCGUUCGAUGCUCAGAUCAACAACGAUGCGCGGAACAUCUCCUCCGAUUAUGCUUCGUUGGUCGCGCUCUCGAUACGGCAAACCUUCGGCGCCAUCGAGAUCACGGUCGGGAAGAAGAUGGACGGGACUUUGGACACAUCAAACAUCCUCACGUUCACUAAGCAGAUAUCAUCAGACAAUACCGUGAAUACCGUGGACGUCAUCUACCCUUCUUGGCCUCUUUUCCUCUACACGAACCCAGCGAUAGGCAGAUCACUAUUGCUUCCGUCACUACAGUAUCAGAACUCAGGACAGUAUCCGAAUCGUUGGUGUGCCCAUGACAUGGGCUCAAGUUAUCCGAACGCCACUGGCCACAACGAUGGGCUGGACAUCCAGAUGCCUGUAGAAGAAAGUGGGAACAUGCUCAUUAUGGCGCUCAGCUAUACUCAGUGGACGAAUGAUAUGUCUUUGCUCAGCACCUAUUCUGGCUUGCUGGACCAAUGGACCCAGUUCCUGGUCCAGGACUCCUUGAUUCCAGCAAAUCAAGUUAGCACGGACAACUUCGCCGGAUCGCUUGCGAACCAAACCAAUCUUGCUAUCAAGGGUAUUGUCGGGAUACAGGCGAUGGCUGAGAUCGCUCGACUCACCAACGACAUGUCGAAGUACACGAACUACAGUACGCUUGCGGCCUCGUACGUUCAGCAAUGGCAGAACUACGCGAUCUCCUCGUCUGGCUCUCAUCUGACCCUUUCGUAUGGUGACGAUGCUAGCUGGGGCCUAACUUACAAUCUGUACGCUGACAAACUCCUCGCCACCAAUGUCUUCCCUUCCUCCGUGUACGACCUGCAAACUUCCUGGUAUAACGGCAAAGCUAACACCUAUGGGGUCAUUCUGGAUACGCGACACACAUACACGAAGUCCGAUUGGUCGAUGUGGACCGCAGCCACAGUCACCUCAAACGAUGUACGGGACCAGAUCGUCAGCGCAGUAGUCAAAUACGCGUCCGAUGGACAGAACAGCAACCCUUUGAGUGAUUUGUACGACACUGAUAGCGGUAAACAAGCUAUGGGCGGGAACUUUGCUCGUCCUGUCGUUGGCGGCCAUCUCGCCUUGCUUGCCCUACAAGCGGCACCCAACAUAACGGAUCCCAACGUUUCGUCUAGUAGUACUUCGACUGGAAGUACCGCCUCUCCAACGGGUAGCCCAUCAACUUCGUCGAACAAGUCUGGUGCUCCUCCUCGUUGGAGCAAUGCAGGCAGUGUGACAGUACUUAGCUUGCUUGGUAUCCUAUGCGUUUUCUUGGUUGCAUAGUCACCUUGAAAGACACUUCUUCAUCUAUAUAUGUUCAUCAGUUGCUAUCUGUGCUCUGCUAUGUUGGAUCGUCGAGACUGAUAUAUGUAUCAUUUCAGUUGAUU